UUGUCGCCGCCGCUAUUUUUUCACCGGAGAAACUUUCGAUCAACGGAUCGGGGUGAAUUGGAACUCAGUUUCUGGUAAUAGUUAUAGCUGAUGAGAACCAGUUUCAUGUCGCAAAUGCAGCGAAGCUUCUCAAUCGAAUUGCCUAAACUGGUUCCUCUGCAACUUCCAUCUCGGAUGGAGACUCAUCUAUGGUAUGUACUUCCAGAUGAAGUGAAAAGUACAUCUCUUCUAAAACACUACUCUCAACUUCUGUCACCAUCUGAGAAAGAUAAAGUUCUUCAGAUGCGAGGCGAUGAGCUUCAGAAGAAUGCUUUGCUUGCCCGCACAUUGGUUCGGACCACCAUUGCAAGAUAUCAGACAAACAAUGCAGUUGAUCCUCGGACCUUGAUGUUCAAGAAGAAUAUGUAUGGGAAGCCUGAGGUAGAUUGGCAGAAUUAUAAGAACUGUAAUGACCCACCAUUGCAUUUUAAUAUCUCCCACACAGAUUCAUUAGUUGCCUGUGGGGUGACUGUACAUGUUCCUGUUGGUAUCGAUCUUGAAGACAAGGAAAGGAAGAUAAAACAUGAUGUUUUAACAUUAGCAGAAAGAUUUUACUCUACUGAUGAAGUGAAGUUUUUGUCAACUAUACCAGACCCGGAAGUUCAGCGAAAGGAAUUUAUUAAGUUAUGGACUCUUAAGGAAGCAUAUGUGAAAGCAUUAGGAAAAGGCUUCUCUGCAGCUCCUUUUAAUACAUUCACUAUCCAGUCUACGGCUGGAACAAAUGGAGGCUACAAUCUUUGCAAGGAGAAGACAGAGGAAUGCAACAGAGAUUGGAAGUUUGGCCUAUUGGAGUUGGCUGGUUCUCAUUAUGCAGCAAUCUGUACUGAAAAUGAUCAAGCUAAUGGAGGAGCUCCGAUGAGGGUAAUUGUUCGGAAAACCAUCCCGUUUGUAGAAGAUGGACUUAUUUCUGAAAGCAUAUUUCUCUAGUAACGGAGAUGGAGAAAGAGAAGAUGUGUACCAGUAUGGAGUGAUACUACUUCAGAUCAUUGUAGGCAAAGUAGUGGCUGCAGGCUCGUCAGAGAUGGGAAGUUUAAAGCUUCAGGCUGUUCUGUUUCAGUCAGAACCUUUCAUAUUUGUCAAUUCGACAGUUUACAAAUUUGAAACCUCUAUGCUAGUUUUGGAAGCUGGAGAGCGGUUUAAGAGAUGAACCAUCAGUAUGGAGCAGCUCCAUGUGUGAAACGAUCAUAUUCAUAUACUUAGUCGUUGAGGACAACAGUGGAAUUUACUCUCGUCUGCCCUGGUAUCUGCAGUAUACAAUUCAAGUGCAACAAGGAUGGAGACGAAGUAGUGGGAAUCAUGAAUCCUCCUUGAAGGCAAUACAUAUAUGAACGAAAUGAUAAAGAGAGACAAAAAGUGUUGAAACAGUGACUGAGUGUUAACAACAAGUCAGUAUGUAGUUCGUAGAGUACUUGACAUAUAUCUUCUAUUGCUAAAUUAGUAAUCUGUAUUAUCAAAUAUAAAGCAAAAGAAGAAGAGCUACGACAA